AUGCUCUCACCUGCUUUUUGUCUUGCUAAACGCAAACAGGAAACACUAGGGAAUGGAGAACCAUACCUGAAUGGAAGGGUGAAGAUCUGGUUUCAGAACAAGCGCUCCAAAUUCAAGAAGCUGCUGAAGCAGGGCAGCAACCCCCACGAGAGCGACCCUCUGCCCGGCUCCGCCGCCCUCUCCCCCCGCUCUCCGGCUCUGCCUCCGGUCUGGGACGUUUCAGCUUCUGCCAAGGGAGUCAAUAUGCCUCCCAACAGCUACAUGCCUGGCUAUUCUCACUGGUAUUCUUCUCCACAUCAAGACACAAUGCAGAGACCACAAAUGAUGUGA